AUGCAGUCCGUCGUCUUCUUAUGGUUCGUCUACGCCGCCUACGAGAUCCGGUUAUACCCUGUCAAGAUAUACGGAAAAAUCAUCCACGAAUUUGAUCCGUGGUUCAACUAUCGGGCUGCAGAGUACCUUGCAGAGCACGGCUCGGCGAAGUUCUUCAAGUGGUACGACUACGAGUCGUGGUAUCCACUCGGCCGGCCUGUGGGCACAACCAUUUACCCCGGAAUGCAGAUCACGGCAGUGGGGAUUUGGGAAUCGAUGAAAAUGGUACCUGCGUUCACCCACGAGGUCGAAUACCCUGGGUGGUUCAAGUCUUUCAUGAAGAGCGUUCGUGGGAUCCUGAAGAGGAAAGGCAUGCUGUGGCUUCCGCCGACGCCCAAGGCGAUCUCGUUUUCUCCUAUGAGUGUGAAUGACAUAUGCGUCAUGAUCCCAGCAUGGUUCGGGUCGUUGGCAUCGAUAUUUGGUGGGCUGCUGACAUACGAGGCAUCACGAAGUGUCAAUGCUGGUAUUUGCGCAGUCGGUCUCAUGUCAAUCCUUCCAGCAAACCUUAUGCGCUCCGUGGCUGGAGCCUUCGACAACGAGUGUGUGGCGGUCGCUGCCAUACUUUCCACGUUUUGGUUAUGGACGCGAUGCGUGCGCACACCAUCAUCUUGGCCAUGGGCCUUUCUUGCGGCUAUCUCUUACGUGUACAUGGUGGCCACAUGGGGCGGCUACAUCUUCGUGAUCAACUCAAUUGGCUUGCAUGCUCUCAUGUUGGUGGCGCUUGGCCGUUUCAACUCGGGCGUCCACAAGGCCUACACGAUCUUCUACAUCUUCGGCACGGCAGGUGCUGUGCAGAUUCCGGUCGUCGGGUGGACACCGCUGCGCUCACUGGAACAGAUCGGCCCUCUGGGGGUGUUCCUUGGUUAUCAGCUCCUGGCCUACUGUGAUGCCGAGCGGCGAAAAAGCAACAUGCCCGUCCAGGACUUUGUGCGCUUCCGCAUCCGAGCUUUUGCCUGUCUCGCUGCUGCCGUAGUGAUGGUAGCGUUCGUUCUGGGACCGAUGGGUUACUUCGGCCCUCUGUCGUCGCGCAUCCGGGGCCUCUUCGUCAAACACACCAAGACGGGCAACCCGCUUGUCGACUCGGUCGCAGAGCACCAGCCCGCCAACGCCGCCAUGUUUGGCAGCUAUUUGAACUGGCCCCUUGAGUUUGUCGGGUUGGGUUGCCUGGUUACCCUGUUCAAGAGGAAUAACGCUGGUUAUUUUCUUGCCCUGUAUGGUUACAUUGCCCAGCACUUCUCACUGAAGAUGUCUCGCCUGGUCUUGAUCUGCGGCCCUAUCACUGCGAUCAUGUGUGCAAUCUGGUUUGGUGCUGUACUCGAUUUCAUCAUGGAGCCGUUCUUCUUGUUCUUGGGCAAAACAUAUCCUCCAGAUGAUCCUUUCUACGCCAUCAAUAACGGGCAGACGGACACUUCCGCCGACAAGGGUGAUGUUGGCAAGCAACCGGCCAAGGGAAAGAAGGCCGCAGCGCCUGCCAAGAAGAAGAAUGUUGCCAAAGCGAAGGUGACCUCUGAGGAGGAACUGUUGCUCCAGGAGUGGGAGGAGGAGUACCGCCCAGGGGGCAUAGCAGAGUUCAAGCGAAAGGCAAAGAUGGCAUUCUUCAACUUUAUCCCGGCUGAUGCGUGGGACGAAGGGCUCGCUUGGAGGCACGCUUACUACCGAAGCGCAAGCGCACGUGGUGGCCGUGUUCUUUUUUCCCUAGUCAUAAUAUUGUACCUGAGCUUCGUGAGCUCCUUCGGUGAUUCAGCCGUCAGGUUCAUGCAAUAUUCUGACUCCGUGGCGAAGCAGAUGUCCAGCCCAACUAUCAUGAAACAAGCGCGGGCGCGUGAUGGUAGCGUGGUGAUCGUAGACGACGCCUUGCAGGGUUACGGAUGGCUCGACAAGGAAACCCCGAAGAACUCGCGCGUAUUUGCAUGGUGGGACUACGGAUACCAGAUCACGGGCAUAGCACCAGAGCACCCGGUCGCGCGCGCUCCUGGCAGGGCCCAGGGCAGGGGCCCCGACGCGCAAGGCAAAAACCCAGGUUGCGAUUCUUCCUUCGAGCUCGAGCAGCUCCACAGACCUAAACCCUAA